GGAGGGGAGCUCGCGCCGCUUGCUGCAGGGACACCACCUCUGAUGGACUUGAUACCUAUGACCACUCAGGCGAUAGUUACAAGUGGGAGACAAACUUGUGAAUUCGUCCCUUCCGCCACCGGUUUUAAUGUGUUUUAUGUGUUUGCGCUCAACAGUGAGGUAGACUUACUCGGGCACAUUUUACAGGCGCGUCGGCGUGUGUGAUUUACCCCGUGGAUGCGGCCGUCGGGGUCGGCGUCUGAGCCCUGCAGGACCAGCCUGUCAUAGGGCAUCAGGAUUUCUCGAGUUCUUCGCGAGUGGAUGAGGAAUAUUUCUCCGGAGAUGCUGCUGCUGCUGCUGCUGCUGGUGCCGACGUCGUGGCUUUUACCUGUGACUGGAGCGGCUCCUUCGCUGUCUACCGAGCAGCUGGACACUGGGGUGGACUGGCUGAGCAGGUUUGGCUACCUCCCGCCCCCUGACCCAGUGACUGGUCAGCUUCAGACCAAGGAGGCGCUGACCAAGGCCAUCAAAGCCAUGCAGAAGUUUGGAGGGCUGAAGGAGACCGGAGUCUUGGACCAAGCCACACUGGGUCUAAUGAAAACACCCAGAUGUUCUCUGCCAGAUGUGUCUGAGGCUGAGGGGACAACGGGCCGCAGGAAACGAGGCCUCACUCCUCAGAACAAAUGGAAUAAGAGGCAUCUAUCCUGGAGAGUCAGGACCUUCCCUAAGGAUUCGGCCUUACUGGGCAGGGACACUGUUCGAGCCCUGAUGUACUACGCCUUGAAGGUCUGGAGCGACAUCGCACCACUUAACUUUCACGAGGUGGCCGGCAGUGAUGCAGACAUUCAAAUCGACUUCACUAAGGCCGACCACAAUGACGGAUACCCCUUUGACGGGCCAGGGGGCACCGUGGCACACGCAUUUUUCCCUGGAGAGAGGUUCACAGCUGGGGAUACACACUUUGAUGAUGAUGAGGCGUGGACCUUCAGAUCACCAGACUCCCAUGGGAUGGACCUGUUCGCAGUUGCAGUCCAUGAGUUUGGUCAUGCCAUCGGUCUGGUCCACACCUCAGCCAUGGAGUCUAUCAUGAGACCAUACUACCAGGGUCCUGUGGGGGACCCUCUGAAAUACGACCUACCGUAUGAAGACAAGGUCCGCGUCUGGCAACUCUAUGGUGUCAGAGACUCAGUGUCCCACACAAACCGACCAGGCAACCCCUCCCAGACGGCUGAGCCUCCUGUCCUGCUCGACCUUCCUGAAAACAGAUCCACUGUCCUGCUGGCGCGAGAUGCCCCAGACAGAUGCUCCAGUCACUUUGAUGCGGUGGCCCAGAUACGAGGGGAGGCCUUCUUUUUCAAAGGGAAGUACUUCUGGCGACUAACGCGAGAGAAGCACCUUGUGUCACUGCGUCCUGCUCAGAUCCAUCGCUUCUGGAGGGGCCUCCCAACAAAUCUGGACAGUGUGGAUGCUGUGUAUGAGAGACCUGGAGACCACAAAAUAGUCUUUUUCAAAGGUCUAAAGUACUGGGUUUUUAAAGACAAUAUCGUGGAAGAGGGUUACCCUCGUCCGAUCAGUGACUUUGGCCUGCCCGUGGAAGGCGUAGACGCAGCCUUUGUUUGGCUACACAACGACAAAACCUACUUCUUCAAGGACAACCACUACUGGCGUUACGAUGACCACCUGAGGAGCAUGGACCUGGGCUACCCUAAAGACAGCACGCUUUGGAAGGGGCUGCCGUCACAAUUAGAUGACGCCAUGAGGUGGUCUGAUGGCUCGUCCUAUUUCUUCAAGGGGAAGGAGUACUGGCGAGUGCCGGGCAGUGACAUGGAGGCGGAGGCAGGGUACCCCCGCCUCGUCGCUAAGGACUGGCUGCUGUGCACCGAGAUGCAGUCGGACUCUCCAGACACAGAGCCCAAAAGCAAGGAGACGAGAGUCAACGUGCACCUUCACCCAGACCACGCAGAGAAUGGAUACGAGGUGUGCUCCUGCACCUCUGACACCGCCUCGCCUUUGGGCGCCCGGCCCUCCCCAUCUCCGAUCUGGCUGCUGGCACCACUCUGGACGCUCUCGCUGGCCCUCCGCUUUGAACUGCUAUGAUGCCGUAGCAUGGGAAAAAGUUCCUGAGCUGAUUGGUGGAGGGCCAGUGGACCCGCAGUCAAACCAACAACUAGAAUAUUUUUGUCUUAUUAUAUAUAAUUUGGUAUCUUUCUGCUAAUUUUGCUGCUAUUUAUUUUACAACGUCAUUUGGUGGGCACUUCUAACUAAAGUAGUCCUUAUAGGCAUCAACCCACUCACAAUGCUUUUCAGAGUUUUUAAUGAAUGGUCAAACUGCCUCAUCUCUGCAAGGAAAAUGGUAGGUGAUUAUUUCUCCUCAUGAGCAGCAAGUUUACAGCAGCAGUGCCUAGCACACAGACAGCUGAAAGGCAUCCUGGCUUGUAGGGAGGUGCAAAGGUUUAACAUCAUGCCAACAAACACACUGUUGCCUGUUUUAUGAAAUUACAGCAGAGGCUUUAGUACAGGGUCGUUCCACCAAAAUUAGCACAAAAUUAGUUUAAAUGUACCAAAAAACACUUUUUCACACUUACCUCUAGUUGUAUCUAGCCAUGCAGAUGGUUCCUUUUUUAUGUAAUAGUUUCUGCCUCCAACCUAAUACAAUGAAGGUGGAUAGAAUUUCGUUUUGUGCUGUGCAAGACAUUGAAAAAUAACAUUUGAAAAACUUAAUGGUAGUGUGUCUUUGCGAAAACAAUAUCAGUGUUACUCGUGAGAAUCCAUAGAAGUCAUAGGGACUAUUUUUAUGUUAAAAAGUAGUUCCAGUGAAAACAAUUUGACAAUGCUGUUGAUUUUAUUGAACGUAAUUUUUCAUUGCGUGCACCACAAAGAAUUUCCAUUAACCUCCUUUGUUCUCAAUGUCUCAGAAACUGGGAAAAUAAACCCCAACUAUGUGCAUUGCAGGAUACCACCACAGGAAAGUGAGAAAAUGAUGAGAUUUAUUUUUUUGU